ACAGGGAAAGGGACAGGGAGGGGGUAAUGGUGGAGAGACGCCCAACACCCCUCACCCACAGGCCCAUCUCCAUGCCCCUGGAGAGGCUACUGCAGGGACAGCUCUCCCUCUGCUCCCCCGACCAGGAGCAGACUGACCUGGGUGCAGACACACUCAUCGGAACGUCCCCCUUUAACCAGCCCGGGUCCCACUCUGUGGAACUCGUCGUCGAAUCAUCCACCUCCCUUGAGCACAAAGUGUUCACCCCUUCCAUCAAUCACAACAACGCACAGGAUAACACCACAGAGUCUGACCAAUCAGAUGAGACCUCCUACCUGGUCAUUGGCCGAGGAGGAGGAACUGUAGAUGGUGACUCCAAAGACCAAUCACAAGACAGAGUCAACCCACCCAGCAAAGCUGAGGACGUUUCUUCUCGCCAAAGGACAUUGUGUCACCUCAGCAGCUCAACAGAGACAGAGAGCAACUGUUUACACGUACCAAGUGAGAGCAGACCAGAGACAACAUUACUUAGUACAACAAACACAGCAACUUCCUCCUCUCCUUCCUCUGAUCUCCCCAUCUCCCUACUGAAUGUGGACCGGUCCGAUCUGCAGAUCCCCGUCCCCCUACAGGACAGCAUCAUCUCACAUCUCAUUGACGCCGUAUCCCUCAGCAACGAUACCACCUACGGGUCUAUUUCCGCUCUGAUUGGUCAGUUUGACCUCACCGGCGACCAGAAUGAUUUCACAAUGAACUCUGACCCCCACACCCUCAGUGUCAUGUCCUGUCUGUCCGAUCCUGCUGUCUGGGACUCCAGCACACCCUAUAAGGUUACCAUAGACUAUACCACCCAAUAUAAAGACCCACACACCAUCUCCUCCCCCCGCAAGGCAAUGAACGGACCUAUCACUCCUCGAAAAGCAAGCCAGACCCCUAACCACGCGAACCAGAAUCUACUCUCACCCCACCCCAAAACCUCCCACACAGACCCCAAUGCCCCCCUUCUCUUCUCCAGUCCUGAGACCACAGAGCUGGAGGAGGUCUAUACCAUCCUGGAUGAGGAGGUCUUGUCUCCAGUCUCUGUCUACAACCUGAAGAAGCAGACCAUCGGCAACAUCCAGGCUGACUCUGAGGAGAGCACACCCAUGGGAAGCCUGGAGCCUUCCCCAGCCAAGGUGCCUCCUCUCCUGGGGAUAGAAGGCAAUGGCAGCUUGGUGGGCUCACGGAGGGGUGUGGUGGAGGAGAAAGGAGAGGGCUACGGGGGUGAGUGUGAUCCUAAAAGGUUGGGGUCAGUGGGAGAGUGGGGGUUGUCGUGGGGUUACACGUGCUCGUCCAACAACAGUACAGUGUCUGACCAAUUCCUGUUGUGCCACGACACGGAAGGAAGUAGUCUGAUGGAGGUGGAAAUUAACGUAGACAAGGAUCCACUGGAGAUGACCCUGACAUUACCGAGACACAACCAUACCUGGGUCGCUACCAGCCCAACCAAAUGCUACGCUGCUCCUCAACUCCAGCUCUCCCAAUGUUCUUCACCCGUCAAACAGCCCUCACACCAGCCCUCCCCUCACCAAGCCCCAUUGACAACCCCUCAAACUCAGCCCUCCCCCUGCAAAGGGCCCCCCAACCCCAGCCCCCUCCUCCUGAACAGCCAUCCUUCCACUCAUAGCAGACACAUUACCAGAGCCUUCACCCAGCAGCACAGUUACAAUGGUCCCACCCAGCCCCAGACCAGGAGCUACCAGGGUGGGACAGGGGAAGGACAGGGUCAGAGAGAAGCGUCAGCCUGCUUCCAGAAUGGGUUCUCCUCCUCAGAGUGUCUGUCUGUUCUUUCUGGUCCAAGGUCUGUUAGCCUCCCCAGAGACAGAGGCCUGUACUCCCCCAGCUCAGACUGUAGUGUGGACUCCAGCCAGCGAGACUACGACUGCUUCAGACACUCCACUGCCUCGGGCUCCCACUACACCCAGCCCCAACCCCAUCCCAAAACAGACACCCAGCUCCAACCCCUGACCCAAACCCAACCCCAAUCAGACACCCAGCCCAAGCCACAAACCCAGCUCCAACCCCAAUCUGGUUGCCCAUCACUGCCCCUUUUGGGCUCCACCCUCACCCCUCCUCUACCUAUCCUCAGACCAUCCACAGCCCCCAGCCCCUGCAAGUCCAAGUCUCUGGGUGACCUGACAUCUGAGGACAUCUCCUGCAACUUCCACAGCAAGUACAACAUCAUCAGCCACAGCUUUAUCACCCCCUGUAUGAGGGAGCGGAGGAGGAUGAGGGGCCUGGGAGGUCUGUCCCAACGGCUGCAGUCUGCAGACCCCCUCACUGAGCAGUUACGCAAACUAGUCACCCUAGAGGGGGAUGACAGAGACGGGGACAGACCCCAGUCACCCCAGCUUACCCAGUUACAGAUACCCCCCAAACCCUUCAUACCCCCAUCCUGCCCCUCCUCAAACUUUGUCCCUGACACCCAGGAGGACUCCCCGCCCCUCCUCUCUCGCCGUCUCUCCUCUCGGAGCCAGAGCCGUGUGCGUCACAUCAACAAUCGUGCUCGAGAGAGGCAGCGGGAGGCUCUAAAGCCCCGGGACAUGAGCGCCCCCUCCAGCGUGGGAGGGGUAGUGCUGCGUACUAAAGUAGCAGCAUGUCAGAACCCCCUAGCUAACAGACACUCCACAGGCUCUUACAUAGCGGGCUACCUGGACCAGCUGGAGGAAAGGGGGCUGUCUGAGGGGGGGUGCACCACACUGGGGUACGGAUACGGAGAUCAUUAUCAUGAUGACUCUCUGCUGCCCACAGACUCCUGUAUACAAUCAGAACCGGAGGUCUACUUUCUGCUCAGACUCUGAACCCACUUCCUGGUUAUCACCUACAUAGAAUGAUGUAUAAUGUACUUCCAAAAUGCAGCAAAUCAGCUUCCUGCUUAGGACCAAGGAAAAAAACAUAUAUCAUGGUUGGGCUGUCCAAUAAUACUUUCAGAUAUAAAGUCAAGUACCUGAUUGGGUCUGACAGUCUUGUCUGUUAAUGUAAAUAUGUUUUUUAUUCUUCUUCAUGUCCUGAUCAGAAUGUUCUUUAAAUGUAGUUUGAACAGACUGUUAAACUACUUCCUACUUUGAUUGUACCCAUUUCCUGUCCUGUCUGUUCUUGUAAUUCUACUUCCUGUUCAAGCUAACGCCAUCUACUAUAAAGCAGAAAAUAAGGAAACUUUAGAAAUGUGUUUAACUCUGAAGGGAAGUGUUGUCUUGGUCUUUGUACAUUUUAAAUGUGUAUUAGUAUUAUCAGAGGCCCACAGACAUCAAUGCAAUGUCUAUUCCACGUUAGUUCAACAUUAAAAUGACGUGGAGACAAUGUUGAAUCAACCAGUGUGUGCCCAGUGGGUGACCACUUUUAAGGGAUGGGAUCUGUUGCAUCAAAGAUCUUCCUCAAGUGUUCCUUCUCCUCUGAUUGUCCUCUGUGUGCUGGUGUUGUUGGUACAUAUUCUGCUGUAGAUUCGUUUUUAAUUUAAGGUGUUGUCAUUUAGUUGUUCUGUUUUCUGCAUGUUAAAUAUCCAGCAUGACUAUGCAUCGAUCUGUAGACAUCACAGUGCACUACUAUCUUUUCACAGAGUAAGUAAUAGUGGGAUUGGAUGAAAUACUCGGACUUCUCACUUUCUAAUAUUUUAAACAUUAUGACAUAUUUGAAACUUUUUGAGUUUACAUGCUUGAAUUUUUUUUUUACAAUUCAUUUAAUACAGACUGCAAAAAAAAGGCUGAAAAUUGGGAGCUGGUUAUUAAAAAAAUGUUAACAAGAACUGAAACACACAGUGGAAUAGGUAGGGAAGGGUUUCGACGAGACCAAGAUGCAUGUUUUUAUUCUUCUUUUCAGUGUUAAACCCUUUUUUCUUUGUAUGGUCACUCGGAACAUUACUGUGAGCAUUUUCCUACUGAUGUAAUAAAAUUCAUAAAAAAUGUGACUUGAA